GACAAAUAUUAAGAGAGAGAUUGCAAGAUUUAAUUGUGUUUCACCAUGCAAAUUGAUCAGGCAAAAUGUAUCUGCCAGUGGAGCUCGUCCUAAUCCACAGGGUUCGUUCCAUUAUGGUUCAAUCAACGUUACUGAUGUCUAUGUGCUCCAGAGUCUACCACCUACAACGAUUGAUGGGAAGCUCCGAGCUUCAUUCAAUGGGAUUUCAUUUGUCAAUCCCGAUACACCAAUACGGCUCGCAGAUAUCUACAAAGUCAAAGGUGCUUACAAGCUUGACUUUCCAACUAAACCACUAGACAGGCCACCCAGGAUGGAUAGAUCUAUUAUUAAUGCUACGUACAAGGGGUUCAUUGAGAUCAUUUUGCAGAAUAAUGACAGUGUCGUUCAGAGCUUCCACAUGGAUGGUUAUUCGUUCUUUGUGGUCGGGAUGGGUUACGGUAUCUGGACCGAAAACAACAGAGGAUCAUACAACAGGUGGGACGCAAUAUCUCGCUCUACUGUUCAGGUUUUUGCUGGAGGAUGGACCGCAGUCUAUGCAUCUCUUGAUAAUGUUGGCGUCUGGAAUCUUAGAUCAGAUAAUCUCGACCGAUGGUAUCUUGGCCAGGAAACAUACAUGAGAAUUGUGAAUCCAGAAGAUACGAGCAACAAAACAGAGUUGCCUGUGCCUGAUAACGCUCUCUAUUGUGGUGCACUUAGCAGCAAGCAAAAGCCUCAGAAA